AUGUGUUAUUUGUUUUUACGGUUUACCUCUCUUCUGUCUUUUCAAUUAUUGUUCUCAGUGGGUCUAAGAUGGAACGCUGAGACAGCAGAUGAUCUCCAGCCGCUAUUUGAAGCGCGUGCAAGCGGUUGGACGGGCGGUGACGUCGCUACUUCCGUUCUAAUUGGCAAUGGAAACACACUGUGGAUAUUCGUUGACUCCAUAAUUGGAGAAACCAGCGGCGAACGUCGCACCAACCCGCAGGGAAUGCCGCACAAUAUAGUCGGUGUACUUAAGGGGCGUGGUCGUGAGAAGCCACGCCCAUCAGAUAUUAGUUUCUAUUGGAGAGAGGAAGACGGAAAGCCGGCGGCUGUCUUCUACCCUCGAGAUAAUAACAAUACAUUUUACUGGAUUCUCAGUGGUAUGAGACACGGCGAUCAGCUGUUUCUGUUAGGCUCCAUCAUGAAGCCAACAAACAAGCCCGGAAUAUUGAAUUUCGAAAUUAAGGGCACAGUGGCAAUUGUUGUGUACAAUGUUAGUGGUAAUCCUCUCUAUUGGAAUCAUACUGUUUCUCAAUUUUUGGCUACUAAUGGUUCUGUUAAUUGGUACACAUCAAUCAGUUAUGCUGUUGAUUAUCAACACGACUAUCCACAUUUGUACGAGGACCCUUUGUUAGGAAUGAAUGAUGUUGUUUAUAUACUUGGGUCCAACGGUCAUGGGUUUGAUUCUUCGGUUGUCCUGGGUAGAGCAAAGUUGAGUGAACUGAUGUCAUUCAAUUUUGACUCGUUUCAAGUCUAUGUUGAGUCAGUGACAAAUAAUGCAAUUAAGCGCUGGUUGUCAUGGGAAGAAGUUCUAGGAGUGAAUCAGAGCAGCUGGCAACUGGUUCCUCUUUUUGUUCCUGGUGUUUCUGAAGCUUCACUAGUUUACAAUGUUGAGCUACGUAGUUGGUACAUACCUGUUGUCAGGAUGUUUGACUACAAGAUUGAUGUGUGGACUUCUGCUAAUGUGACGGGCCCUUGGUCAUCUACACUUGUGUAUGAGAUACCAGAACCGUGGAGGAAUACAAAGAUGUACUUAAACUACGCUGCAAAGUCUCAUCCAGAAAUGGCAGUUGGAGAGAAGGAGAUUAUAAUUACAUACAUGACAAACACGAUGAACCUUUCUGGUCUCUUCCAAGCUGGUGAGGUGAAGACUUACGUGCCUCGAUUCGUUCGAUUUACAUUUUCGAACAAUUUAGUGUUGUGGGAAAUUGCUGUUUUGGUAGUUUCAUUUACUGUUGUUGUUGCUUGCUUAGUUGCUGCUCUUGUAUUCCAAAAGUCAGACCUACUGGCUUUGUGUUGUAACAGCAAAUUUAGUAGAGAAGAUGAAGAAGUGACAACCAAGUUGUCAGGGACUUCAACUGACACAGAAAACAAGAUUUAA